AUGCCUGAAGUAGAAAUAGGCGAGUCGAGAAGUGCUUACAAGUGGCUGGAGAGAACGCCCACGUAUUUGUCGUCGGCUUCUUGGCGCGUUGAUAUUAUUCCUAUCUAUCUAUCUAUCUAUCUAUCUAUCUAUCUAUCUAUCUAUCUAUCUAUCUCUCCUGAAUGUAAUUGUCUAGGAUUUCUAUUUUUGUCUCUCUCUUAUUUCCUUUUAAUCUAUCUAUCUAUCUAUCUAUCUAUCUAUCUAUCUAUCUAUCUAUCUAUCUAUCUAUCUAUUCUGUCAGUUCCCUCUUUCUAUUUUUCUUUUUUUCUCUUCUAUAAAUGCAAUCCAGUCUUUUGUCAUCGGCCUUACUAUAAUCUGCCCCCUCUCUAUUUCUUUCUUUCUUUCUUUCUUUCUUUCUUCUUUCUUUCUUUCUUUCUUUCUUUCUUUCUUUCUUUCUUUCUUAUUUUCCUCUCUAUAAUUUUCUCUGUCUUUCUUGUCUUGUGCAUUUUCUUACCACCGUACCUUUCUUUAAAGCAAGCCCAAUCUAAACCCUCUCCUUACACAAUUCCGUCCCCGCCCUGCUCUUUUCUUCACCUUUAUAUAUUUCUCCUCAUACUAUCUAUCUAUCUAUCUAUCUAUCUGUCUGUUUAUCCAUUUGCUGUUUUCUUUUCAUUUUUUUUUGUCUAUCUGAAGUUUAUCCGAAUCGGGCCGUAUUAUCAGAUUCUCUCUCUCUCUCUCUCUCUCUCUCUCUCUCUCCCCUUUUUCCUUUGUAUAUUUUCCCUCAAUGACAUAUUUCGGCAUUCAAUUUAUUUAUUUUCUACUAACGAAGAACAAAAAGCGACCUAG